AUGGUGUUUUCAAAGACAUGCAACAUAGGGCAAGGUGCAUCAUCAGACUGCGUCUCCAGUGCAUACAUGGAAGUGACAAAAUAUUCUAAAGGAUCAGUUGAUGUAGGUACUCCAUUCCCUAAGCCCCUACAUAAUAUUGUUGUUAAGAAAGUUGCUGAUAUGGCUGGAAAAGGACCAGGCUGCAAGAAAAUCCCCUGCCAAUUUUCCUCUCCAAUUUUCUCUUCCUUGCCUCUAGUUGAACAUAGCCACAAUCUCCUCGCGGAGAAAGAAAUCAACUUUCUCUAUGAUCUUCUAUCGCAAAAAUCCCCCUGCAAUAUUCUUGUUUUCGGGCUUGAAACACAGUACUCUUUUCAAAUUUCAACAAUCAAUAGGGGUGGAUUCACUGUCUUUCUUGAGGACAACCCCGCGAACAUCAAACUUUAUAACUCCACGAGUAAUGCUGAUAGUACUUGUAUUCACAGAGUCGAGUAUCAAACAGUUGCUAGAGAUGCAUAUAAGAUUUUAAAACAUGUUAGAGAAAACCAGAAAGACUGCUACAUUUCAGCAAUUGCUAGGCGUAGUAGUUCAAAACAUGAUGUGCAUAGUAGUUCAUCAAGAAAGUGCAAAUUUAUGUCACUUGUUACAAAUGUUCCCAAGGAAGUGUAUGAAGUGAAGUGGGAUUUGGUGAUUGUUGAUGGACCAGAAGGCGAUAACCCGGAAUCACCAGGAAGAAUGGCUGCAAUUUACAUUGCUGAUAUAGUAGCAAGAAGAAGCAAGAAGAAUAAUGGGACUCAUGUGUUGGUAUAUGAUGUUGAUAGAAUGAUUGAGAAGUGGUUUUCUUGGGAAUUCUUAUGUGACACUAAUUUGGUAUCUUCUAAAGGGAAAUUCUGGGAUUUUAACAUACUAGCAAAACAAAAUGCAACUACAUUUUGUCCUGCAUAA